AGACACCAUGGAAGCUGGGAAGAUGAGAAUGUUUUUUCUUGUGACUGCAAUGCUGCUAGUAAUUCUAGAACCCGUCAUUGCAUCGAAAGCUGGUGUUGCUCUGGUCAACAAUUUAUUGGAUAACUAUCCCAAAUAUUACGUACGACCGGUUAGCGAUGAGGAAAGCGCCAUCGUAGUCAAACACAGAAUGACGCCGAUACAGCUGAUUGAUAUGGAUGAAAAGAACCAAGUGGUAAUAUUGAAAACUUGGCUUGCUCAGGAGUGGACGGACGACUACUUAUUUUGGAAUCCAGCUUUAUAUAGUGGUAUAAAACAAAUCCAGAUACCAAUCACAAAUAUAUGGCAGCCAGAUACUGUGUUAUAUGGAAGUGUUACGUCAAAUUUUCAGCGGCAUUUUGAUACAGACGCCAUUAUCAACCACAAUGGCACCGUGACGGCACUGCAGCCGGCAGUAAUCGAAGCUACCUGUUCCAUUGACGCGACUUUGUUUCCAUUUGACGAGCAACGUUGUGUUUUCAAGUUUGCUUCUUGGAGCUACCACGGCGGUUUGAUCGAUUACGAAGUCGAUCCGACAAGCAAUAUUGACCGAUUCACUCAAAAUGGCGAAUGGGAAGUGCUAGAAAUGCCUGUGGAGAAAAGAACAGAAAAGUACGUCUGCUGCCCGGAAUUGUUUCCCGACGUUACGUACACGAUACACCUGAGGCGACGGUCCAUGUUCUAUAUAGUAAACAUAAUACUCCCAUCGUUCCUUGCGUCAAUAUUGAUUUCUGUUGGAUUUUAUCUGCCGUCUGAUUCCGGGGAGCGGGUCAGUCUGUGCGUUAUUAGCAUUCUGUCACAGUUCGUCUUCCUUACCGUCAUUUCAGACUACAUGCCGCCAACGGCAGAAGUUGUUCCAUACUUACAACGGUACUUUUUUGUCACAAUCGGCCUUGCAGUCUUAUCCGCAUUUGUUAUGGCGUAUACUCUGAGUAUGCAUUUUCCAGGGCCUGUGUGUCCAGAAGUCCCGAGACAUAUCAAAGUUGUGUCAUUCAGAUUCUUGGCAGAUUGGCUUGCACGCGCGUGCGCAUUAAAUCCUACCGUGUCGCAAAACCGCGGCGACUUCAUGAUGAGAGUGAAGAGAUUUCUCUAG